CCCGGUGCUGCAGCUGUUCCUGCAGCUGCUGCUGCUGCUCCACAUCUGGAUACCGGGUUAUUAUUCCCCCGCUGGACCUUCACAUGACCCGGGGCUGGCGCUGUGAGCCAGCGGAGGAGCAGCAUGGUGGUGUAACCGAGGCUCGGCGCUAAAACCCGGCUCUCUCAUCAUGGCUGUGCUGCUAAACCAGCGCGAUUAGCUCCCUCACAUUACAGCUACUCAGCCCUUUUUAAGGCUGACAUUGGUCAAAAUCCGUAUUGAUAAUGGUCGUGCAUGCUACGGUUGAGUUAAUUCACUAGCUGGAGUCCAGAACUAGGUCCUGCAGCAGAUCAGCAUCAUGAUGAAGGUCUUGCUGGCUAGUAUUGCAGCUAGUGUGGCUAAUGUGCUGCUGAAUGAGCUGCAGGUUUGGUGAAGGUUUGGAGGUUUGGAGGAGAGGAUGCCGGGCCGCCUGGUUCUGAGCAUGGAUCACAUGUCAGCAGGAACAUGGGGACGGAAAGCCAGUGGACCAAAGACCUGACUGCUUAUAAACUUCUGGAUCACAAGCUGCUGCACGGACAGGAUGAUGGGAGGAUCGUGAAGACGAGGGGUAUAGUGAGAGCUUUCCACAACCUCCUGAGGACACACAACACUCUCGUUAUCACACAUCCAGAAUGUGCUGGUUCUUGUCCAAAUCUAAUGAUGAGUAAGAGUGAUCAUGGCAGUGCAAGGCCGGUCCCCGUGGCCCUCACCCCCCAGCUCCCUCCCAGAGCUCACCGCCCCCUCUGCGUGUCCGUCUCCUCUGACAGCAGCGGCCGCUUCAAGGCCCUGGAGACGCAGGAGUGGAAAAAUAACCUCAAAGCUCAGAUGGAGCAGGCUCACAGUGCCGGAGCCGCCAGCAGCACGGGCUCUUUGGAACGAGCGUCUCUGUUUUGUGCUCCGGCCUCCUCCUUCAGCUCGGGUCUGUCCAGCCCCGUGGAGAUCCUCAACAAGAGCAAAUCCUCCAGCCGCUUCUCGCUCUUCUCCCCGCCCUGGAACAGCAGCUCCGAGUCCGACUCCAACCCGCCGUCCCGCUCGGGCUCCAAGAAGCUGCGUAACUACAGCAGGAGAGCCGCCACCGGACCGGCCGGGGCCAGGGGGCCCGAGGUGGCCGAGCCCAAACCCAGCGGCCCGGAACACUUCCAGUACUCCGACCCCGUCAUUUCCAAGGUAACGGAUUACAUUUACGUCGGCAACCUGAACGCGGCGUACAACGGCCGCACGCUGUGCCGCAACAACAUCGACAGCAUCAUCGACAUGAGCAGCGUCCCGGGAGAACCGGCUCCCUCCCUCAUCCUCAUCCCGUGUACCUGCUCCCGCGGGGCCCGCCACAGCUGGUCCCGCCUCAAGGUGGACAUCGGAGACGUCCCCUACGCCCUGGGGGACGGCUCGGCGCUCAGGCACCGCUGCUUCGAGGACAUCAACGAGUGCAUUAACGCGUCCACGGAGAAAAGGAAGCGCGUCCUCGUCCACUGUCGGGACGGGUUCUCUCUGGCACCGACGUGUAUCAUCCAGUAUCUGAUGGUGAAGCAGAACAUGAGGCUGAUCGCCGCCUACGAGUUACUGAGAGCAAAGUACCCGCUCAACAUCAGAGAGUGCCACCAGAAUGUCCUGGUGAGCCUGGAGAGAGCGCUGCGGCCCGGCGGGGAGGUCGACCCCGAGUGUUUCAAACAGGCCAUCUCACGCAAAGUUGCAUGGACUUGAUUCAGUUUUCCAGUAUCCUCGGUUGUAGCUGAGCUGUUUUUGUUUUUCCCCCAAUGCUAUUCAACGUUUUCCAAAAUAUAGGCAAGGACUACUGUACUGUACUUCUCCCUGCAGACUAGACUGUUGGGGGAACAUUGAUCAAUUCCCAUUUCACAGUUCAGUGGUUGGAAGAAUUUCAAAUUUGAUGUGUUUCUUUUUCUAGAUCUGUAAAUUUUGAUUUGACUGUAUUUGUCCCUCACCAUCCACACUGAUGUACUAGACUAGACUGCAACAUUUAGAGCUUCUUUCAUAGCAGUGUUAGUGUUGGCUGUGAAGUGGAUAUUAUUGUGAUAUAUCAGUUCUCUGCCCUGCUUUCAUGUUGAUUUCUUUCUCUUAUCAGGGGAAUUUCUUAAUGGGUAAUCUCAGGAGAGUAUUGAUGUCACACUUGUGCAGUUUAGGAAACUGUCUUUAGACUAGCUACAUUUACAUAUAAAAGUAAUUAUGCAGAGUUUUGUGCAAUUUCAACAAUGUUGGGCUGAUUUUGUUUUUUAUUUUGCUCCUUUUUUAGGAGAAACCCUCUGCCAGGAGGAGGCAUCAUGCUAGAUACGUGCUGAUAAUUUAAAUGUACAGUAGUAAACGCAGCACGGGUUUGAUUUUUUGAUUCAGGCAUUAGUCUUAUCCAGAAACACUUCUCCAGGUAUGGAAUUGCUUUUCAGCCAUAAGAAAUGCUACACAGAUUACCUUGACAUAGACAAUUAAAAAUUGGCUAUAACUUUUCAAAACAUAUCCCAGGUAGUGGUUGACUUUAGAUUUUAAAUAGAACACACUAUACUCCUAUGUUCACAGUGGAGGAAGAAUAUUCAAGACUUUCUGGAACCUUUUUUAGAUCAUCUGCAAUUUCCUUAAAUAGCGCCCUUGUACUUGAGUACAUACUGUUUUUUUUUGUUUUUUUUUAAACCUAUGAGACAGUUGAUGAAGAUGCACUCUACCAACAAUUAAUUUCUUGUAAUUCCAUAUAAACCAACCAAUAUGCAUCUGUGUGGAACAGCAGUGUUUAAUGUGCUCUCUUCUGUGUGGGACUGGUGAUAAACCGGUUCACGUGUUGUACAGUAACCGUUCAGUUCAGUGCUGUGAACACACGUUUGUGAACUCAAGGUUUGGUUAUCAGUGUCACGCAAAAACGGUGACGCUGGCAUUGCAACAUUUAUGCAUUUAAUGAAAUACAGCAAUUUAGGAUGACAAAUGAGAUGGAUUUUCUGAUUUUAAAUGAGGAUAUAUUUUUUUCUUACAUUAAAAGGUAUCUGCAUUGUGUCUCCUAAUGUAGAUCUAUUCUGUAAU